UGAUAGUAUAUCUUAUACAAGGAGGGGAAAGUUAUCUAUCAGCCAGUCCGGUUAAAAAGCUCCGGCGUUUUUUUUUUCCCCCUCCCAAAAAAAGCAGCGAGUGUCAUUUCGACUCAGCUCGCCAAAUAUCGCUGGUUUUAGGACGCGCGCUGCCGCUGGGGAGAGACGCUGGAGCGCAAACGGGGGAGAGAGGAAAAGUUGCGCGUUCUCUCCAAACAACUUCUGAGGCAACCCGCGCCGCUCGGCUCUGCUCUCCUCUGCAGGCCCGCUCAUCCACAGAGCGGGGAAUAUUCCUAAAACUUUGAAGUUCUGCACACCUCUAGAUCGUUGGAGGCGUCCGAUUUUUUUUUUUUUAUUUUUUUGGUCCAGCUGAGCCCCGGCGUGUGCGCACUGGCCGCCGCACAGCUGUUUCACUCCCGUGAGUUUUGUCCACUGUUUUUCUUCUUUUUUUUUUUUUUUUACAUUCAAGUGUGAGUAAGCCGUGAGAUGACCCUCUCUGGAGGCAGCGACCGAGCCAGCGACAUGUCCGGCCAAACCGUGCUCACAGCCGAGGACGUGGAUAUCGACGUGGUGGGCGAAGGAGACGAUGAGGGCAUGGAGAGGGUGGACAGCGACUGCGACAGCCCGGGCGGAGGCAGCAUCCUGCGCGGCUUUCGCGGCGAACCGGCCGACGAUGACCUGGAGGACGAGAUCGAGGUGGAGAAGGAGGAGAUGAGGUCCGGGGGAGGGAGCCCGUGCUGCGAGAGCUCCGGGGAAGGAGAGCCGGGCGCGGGGAAAGGAGAGGGUCACGACCAGAGCGCAGCGCCGGGAGGAGCGAUCCAGAAGCCCAAGAGCAGCUUGGUGAAACCGCCUUACUCCUACAUCGCCCUCAUCACCAUGGCCAUCCUGCAGAGCCCGCAGAAGAAGCUCACCCUCAGCGGGAUCUGCGAGUUCAUCAGCAACCGCUUCCCGUAUUACCGGGAGAAGUUCCCGGCGUGGCAGAACUCCAUCCGGCACAACUUGUCUCUGAACGACUGCUUCGUGAAGAUCCCCCGGGAACCCGGGAACCCCGGGAAGGGCAACUACUGGACCCUGGAUCCGGCCUCGGAGGACAUGUUCGACAACGGCAGCUUCCUCAGGAGACGGAAACGGUUCAAACGCGUGCAGCCGGACGUGCUCAGGGAUCAGGCCGCGCUCAUGAUGCAGAGCUUCGGGGCGUACAGCCUCGGAGGCCCCUACGGGAGGCACUACGGGAUCCACCCGGCUGCGUAUUCCCACCCGGCGGCUCUGCAGUACCCGUACAUCCCACCCGUGGGACCCAUGCUGCCGCCGGGUGUCCCCCUGCUGCCCUCGGCGGAGCUCAACAGGAAGGCGUUCAACUCUCAGCUGAGCCCGAGCCUCCAGCUGCAGCUCAACAGCCUCAGCACGGCGUCCAUGAUCAAGUCCGAGCCUUCGAGCAGGCCGUCCUUCAGCAUAGAGAACAUCAUCGGGGUCUCCAGCGCGUCGUCCGUGACGCCGGGCGCCGCCCAGGCGUUCCUGCGGCCUCCGGUCACCGUUCAGUCGGCCCUGCUGAGCGCGCAGUCCCUCUCUCUGAGCCGGACCUCUGCCGCGAUCGCUCCCAUCCUCAGCGUCCCUUCAAAUAUUAUUUCUGGACACGUUUUACCUUCAGCGGCGGCGGUGUCCAAAUGGCCAUCACAGUGACUCAAAAAAAAUAAAA